GCCACAGAUGGCUCUCUGCAGAGCGAAGACUGGACACUUAACAUGGAGAUCUGUGACAUUAUCAAUGAGACAGAAGAAGGCCCAAAGGAUGCCAUUCGAGCACUGAAGAAGAGGCUGAAUGGAAACAAAAAUUACAGAGAGGUCAUGCUGGCGCUGACGGUGUUGGAGACCUGUGUGAAGAACUGUGGCCAUCGCUUUCAUGUCUUAGUGGCAAACCGUGACUUCAUAGAUGGUGUUCUGGUGAAAAUCAUCUCACCCAAGAAUAAUCCCCCUACUAUUGUACAGGAUAAAGUACUAGCGCUGAUUCAGGCUUGGGCUGAUGCCUUUCGAAGCAGCCCUGAUUUAACUGGAGUAGUGCAUAUUUAUGAAGAGCUCAAGAGGAAGGGCAUAGAGUUUCCUAUGGCAGAUCUCGAUGCUCUGUCUCCAAUACACACACCACAGAGGAGUGUUCCUGAAGUUGAUCCUGCAGCAAAUAUGCACAAUUCACAGUCUCAGCAAAGAAUGAGCACCAGUUCUUACUCUUCAUCUUCUCCAACGGCGUAUUCUGCUCCUCAAGCCCCAGCUUUGAAUGUGACUGGUCCCAUCACUGCUAAUUCUGAACAGAUUGCCCGGCUGCGCAGUGAACUGGAUAUUGUUCGUGGGAAUACAAAAGUCAUGUCUGAAAUGCUGACAGAAAUGGUACCUGGACAAGAGGAUUCCUCAGACCUUGAGCUACUCCAGGAACUGAACCGAACCUGUAGAGCUAUGCAACAGAGAAUUGUGGAGCUUAUCUCACGAGUGUCCAAUGAAGAAGUCACAGAGGAACUGCUGCAUGUGAAUGAUGAUUUAAAUAACGUCUUCCUCCGAUAUGAAAGAUUUGAACGAUACAGAUCGGGACGUUCAACACAAAAUGCCAGCAAUGGAGUACUGAACGAGGUGACAGAAGAUAACUUAAUAGAUUUGGGUCCUGGCUCUCCAGCUGUAGUGAGCCCAAUGGUUGGAAACUCAGCACCCCCGUCUUCGCUUUCUUCACAGCUUGCAGGGCUUGACUUGGGUACAAACAGCGUCAGUGGCACGCUCAGCUCUCUACAACACUGUAAUCCUCGUGAUGACUUCGACAUGUUUGCACAGACAAGAGGCAGUUCCUUGGCUGAGCAGCGAAAGAACGUGACGUAUGAGGAUCCACAGGCUGUCAAAGGACUAGCAUCUGCCCUGGAUGUUCGAAAACAGAACACAGGAGGGAUCCCUGUUGCACAGUCCUCUGUCAUGGAUGACAUUGAGGAGUGGCUCAGUACCGACUUG